UUGGUUGGCGGGGAUUACUAGUACUCAUUUAUUAGCUCACCAUCGUCUAUAUUAACCAUCGACGCAAAGGCUUGACCGAACUAAUCGGUUCUUUGUUCUCCUACGUAUAAUAGUAACGCUAAUUGUAAUAUUCGUAUUUGAUCUAUUUCAAGAUAUUAUUUAUAUUGGAGUGAGAAUAAACGUGUAAUACGUUAUACAUAUAUAUUACAUAUACAUAUACAUAUACAAUAAGGAAAGAAAAAGAAAGAAAAGUAGAAAGAGUAAUUUGACGAAAGGAAACAAACACAUAUACGCACGCACAACAAAAUAUACAAAUAUAUAUAUAUAUAUGUGCAUAUAUAAAACAUCGGAAACAUGAAACUUCGAUUUUUAUAUGGGAUCCUAUUGGCGAUCGCGAUAAUCCAAGCCGAGGGAGCCGGAAGUACAGGUAAUGUAGCUGAUAAUCCAGAUUUGGGAAUCGUUACGGAAAAGGAAAAUCGAGGAAGCGAAGGACGAUCUCUAAAUGAAGAAGGCGAUCAUUCAAUAGACGAAGAAUUGAAUCAAACUUUUGAAAACGAUGAUUUACGAGAGGAAGAACCUAAUACAGACAAUAAUUCAACAUCAACAACAAAUGAAAUAUCAUCAUCAACAUCAAAUGGAACGUCAUCAACAGUAUCAUCAAUAACAGAUGAAAUAUCAUCAUCAACAACAAAUGAAAUAUCAUCAUCAACAUCAAAUGAAAUAUCAUCAUCAACAUCAAAUGAAAUAUCAUCACCAACAUCAAAUGAAACAGCAUCAUCAACAUCAAAUGAAAUAUCAUCAACAAUAGAAGAUAUAUUACCAACCAUCGCAAGUCCAACGGAAUAUCCGUAUCAAGUUAAAGGAAAAAAUGGGACAUGCAUAUUGUCAAAGAUGAAGAUCUCACUAACUUUGACAUAUAACAACUCAAAAAAUCAGGAAUCACAAAAAAUCUUGAACGUACCGUCUUCUAAUGUAAUUACCACUGGCGAAUGCGAUGAGACAAAUUCUAUUAUGAAAUUAACUUGGUCGAGUGAGGAGACUACAUCUGAAUAUAAAAGCAUCGAUUUUGCGUCGGACAACACAAAUACAAUUACUUUCUAUUUCAAGAAGAGCAAUUCUGUAUUUUCGAUAGAUCAAAUCAAGGCAUCUAUAUAUUUGGACAAAAAGAAUUUUCCAGAUGCAUUACUUCCAGAAAAUUUAAUCGAACUGGAAACCAAAGAGAAUCUUUCGUUGUUCGCUACUCCUACAAAUGAUAGAUAUGUAUGCAACGUUAUAGUAUUUGUGACAGAAAAACACUUUGAAUUCUCGAUAACCGAUGUCAAUUUGAUAGCUUUCAACACGGACAACGAUAUUUCAUCGAAAUCUGAGAAUUAUUGCGUUAAUCCAUUAACCGAAACGGCGAAUGUUGGUGCUAUAGUCGGUGGUGUUAUCGGUGCUUUAGCCGUGAUUGGUAUCGUGGGAUUUGUCAUUUGGCGACGAAGAAGAAACGCGCCUGUUCGUUCGGAGGUUCCAUAGAAAAAACGUAAAAAAAAAAAAAAAAAUAAAAAAAAAAUAAAUAAAA